GUUCGCUCAGUCCGCUUUCUACCUUGGUCUCAGUAAUACUCGCUUGGUCCUUUGUCAGUGAUCUAGCCCAACAUUCUCCGGAUUAGCAGUCCUUCGGCCCGUUACUUUAGUAGUAUGACUGACUUUGCAGACGGCUCUGGGACAGGGGGUGCCCGCGUGAAGGGCGUGACCGUGAUCAAGCCCAUCAUCUACGGAAAUGUGUCCAAACAUUUCGGCAAGAAACGCGAGAGUGACAGUCACACCCACGAAUGGACCGUCUACCUCAAGCCUUUCCUCAAUGAGGACAUGUCCAAUUAUGUCAAAAAAGUCCAGUUUAAACUGCACGAGAGCUACGCCAAUCCCAAUCGAAUCUUAUUCAAACCGCCCUAUGAAGUCAGUGAGACGGGUUGGGGCGAGUUCGAAGUCCAGAUCAAGAUCCACUUCAAUGACGGCAACGAGCGACCCAUCACCUUCUACCACAUGCUCAAGCUUUUUCACACGGGCAACGACUCAUCCACUACCACGGCCAUGGUUCAAGGCCGUAAAACCGUGGUUUCAGAGAACUACGACGAAAUCAUAUUCCAAGACCCGACCCAGUAUAUCAAUACCUUACUCACCACCACGCGUUGCUUGACGCUCAAUGCUUACAAGCAUGAGACCAAUUUCGAGGAGAGGAAGGCCAAGACAUUGGAGAGCAUCAAAGGUGGGCGGAGUCAAGUGGCCGAGGAGAUCAUCGAGCUCAAGGAGAAGCUCCAAUUGGCCAAGGAAACCAUCGUCAAGUUCAAAACGGAGCUGGGUAAAGUCAAUGGACAGGACAAGAGCGAGGACAUGGUGUUUUGACCAGAAUGAAGACCAAUGGACAUUGGGAUGGCGAGAUAUAUUUUUCAUGUUUAAAUAUCAAUUGCAUAGAAAAAGGACAA